AUGGAUGGAUGGAUGCCAGAUCAUAUAAAAGUUUUUUGUACGACGUCCAACAUUCCCAAUUUCCUCACUGACUUCAACCUUGCUGACUUCAACCUCACUGACUUCAACCUCACUGAUUUGAACCUCAUUGACUUCAACCUCGCUGACUUCAAUCUCACUGACUUCAACCUCACUGACUUCAACCUUGCUGACUUCGACCUCACUUACUUCAACCUCACUGACUUCAACCUCAUUGACUUCGAUCUCGCUGACUUCGGUCUCGCUGGCUUCGACCUCAUUGACUUCGGUUUCGCUGGCUUUGACCUCAUUGACUUCAACCUCGCUGACUUCGACCUCACUGACUUCGACCUCAUUGACUUCGACCUCUCUGACUUCGACCUCAUUGGCUUCGACCUCACUGACCUCGACCUCGCUGACUUCGACCUCACUGACUUCGACCUCAAUGACUUCAACCUCAAUGACUUCGACCUCACUGACUUCAACCUCAUUGACUUCGACCUCAUUGACUUCACCCUCAUUGACUUCGAUCUCAUUGACUUCACCCUCAUUGACUUCGAUCUCACUGACUUCGAUCUCGCUGACUUCAACCUUGUUGACUUCAACCUCACUGACUUCGACCUCAUUGACUUCAAACUCACUGACUUCAAACUCACUGACUUCAACCUCACUUUAGGUGAGAACUGA